AUGAAACUGAAGCCUGGAUAUAUUUUCAAUUUUUUAUAUCUUGACAAUGUUCAUAAUUUAAUGUCAGUCAGAAAUACAACAGUGCUUUUGGAGUAUUUUAAACUCUUGGAUGUUCAUGAGAGCAAUAGCUUAAAUGAUGUCCAAUUUUUUCAUUUCCUUCACUGUGUCACGGACAUGAGCAAAGUACAGAUAAAUACAACCUUCACUAUGUUCGAUUGGAAAGCCUCUGGGGAGAUUAGUUUUGACGAGUUUUACAUGUUGAUUUGCAUCAUAAUUGCUAAUAAGGAUAAAAUGGAGCAGCAAUUUCUUUAUCGUCACUCUCGUGCUAUCUUUGACCUAAUUGACUUAGAUGGGGGCCAUACCAUCACUCCAGCAGAAUUUUAUGCCGCAGGAUUUCUCUUCAACAUCAAAGGACGUGCUUAUUUGCAGAUGUUUCGUGAUUAUAGUGGAAGUGGUGGUGAGAACCUUACGUACAAUGAAUUCAAAUUGUUUAUCAUGGCCUGCUUAGAUAAGGAAGAAAAAGCUCUUGAAGAUAAAAGGAAAAAGAAACAGAAGCAACCAAUAAUAGGAUUAUUUACUGAAAGGAAUUCUCUGCUACCAUUGCCAGCACUUCAUUCUGGUUUAAAUCAGGGUGGUAGCUGUGGCAGCGGUAGGUCUGGAGAUCGGACCCCCAGCAGCAGUGGUAGGCUGGGAGCCUCGACUCCUGGUGGCAGUGGUAGGCCCGGAGACCGGAACCCCAGUGGUAGUGGUAGGCCUGGAGCCUGGACUCCCGACGGCAGCAUAGGCCCAAAGACUGGACCCCUUACAGCAGUGGUAGGCCUGGAGCCUGGACCCCCGGCGUCAGCGGUGGGCCCAAUGCCUGGACUCCCGGUGGCAGCGGUCGACAGCUUGCAGAAGCCUUGA